UGAUUUUCAUAACAUUGCGUGUGGACGUGAGGCGCAGAGACUCCUCCAUGGCGGCGCAGAACAACCACGUGACACAGGAAGAGAACAUUACAACUAUUGUCAUGUGGUCUGUGCGCUGCUCGGUCUGAGGACUUUGUGCUGUUCUCAAGUCUUCUCUUGCAUUUAAAAUUCAGUUUCAUUCACUCGUACUACGGUGCGUAACAAGAUACACCCGUUACCGCACCGAAGGGACUGGAAGCAGCAAGCGUUGUGUCGUUGUGGGGGCGGAGUUUGGAGCUUCAUGUAAACACUCGCACACAGCCACGCAGUAAACAGAACUUAGACCAGUGCAACCAUCUCUGCAGCUGAAGAAACUCUCGACAUGGAGACGCCCGGGGCACCCGUAGUGGCCAAACGGAGCAACUCUGAGCAGAGGAAGCUGCGCUCUCGUGAUGCAGCACGGUGCAGACGAAGCCAGGAGACUGAAGUGUUCUACGAGCUGGCCCAUGUGCUGCCCCUGCCUCGUCGUGUUUCCACACACCUAGACAAGGCCGCCAUCAUGAGGGUCACACUGAGCUAUCUGCGACUGCGCCACCUCCUGACAACUGAGGCAGAGAACAGCCUGGAAGACCCUAUGGACCAGUUCUACUCUCAGGUUCUGGGAGGCUUCAUCAUGGUCCUGAGUGAGGAAGGAGACAUCAUCUACCUGAGUGAGAGUGUGAGCGCUCACAUCGGGAUCACACAGCUGGAGCUUCUGGGCCAGAAUCUGUAUGAGUUUGUCCACCCAUGUGACCAGGAGGAGCUGAGGGACAUGCUGACCACACGCACUGGGGUGAGCAGGAAACAGGCCGCCACUGACAGGAGCUUUUUCCUGCGUGUCAAGAACACACUGACCAACAGGGGGCGCACUGUUAACCUCAGAUCAGCGACCUGGAAGGUCCUGCACUGCAUCGGACAUAUGCGCUCACAAGGGGGCAAUAGAAUUCUGAGCCUCCUGUGUGAGCCCCUUCCUCACCCGUCCAGUGUGGAGUUCCCCCUGGACUCGUCCACCCUUCUGACCAGACACAGCAUGGACCUGCACUUCACCCACUGCGAAGGCCGGGUGCUGGAGCUGCUCGGGUAUGAGCCGUACCAGCUGAUUGGCUGCUCAGCGUACCACUUCUACCAUGCACUGGAUUUUGACCACAUCAACAGCAGCCUGCAAAUAUUGCUGUCUAAAGGCCAAGUCAGGACCAAGCAGUACCGCUUUUUGGCAAACAAUGGGGGCUUUGUUUGGAUUGAGACCCAGGCCACAGUUCUGUACAGCCGGAGCGGUCAGCCAGAAGCCAUUGUAUGCCUCAACUUCAUCCUUAGUGCCAUCGAGCAGGCCCAUGUGCUGCUCUCAGUGGAGCAGAGGCAGUGUGAAGACUUGAAAAAAGAGCCUCAAUCUCCAACCCCACAGGAGAAUGCACACACCAAUACAGAGUCACCAGCAGAGCCCUGCAGCCCUGGGCCUGCUCUCUGCCCAGGUAACAUGGUCCCAACUCCACAGACCUUAUGCUCCUUAUGGGGGCCAUUUGGUUUACAGGCAGGCUCUGAAGGAUGUUCAUGUUUUUGUCCCACAGGCCUCACCAAACUGUCAUUCUCCAGUCCAAAACCAAACAGUGAGCCCACAGCUCCCCAGGACCUGUGUAGCCCUGCACUGAGGCAGCUCCUGUCUCCUAUUUUCAACAUGUCACCCUCCUCACCUGUCUCCUCCUCCCAAGCCCCAUCCCCUAAACCAGAAGUGGCUCUGAGUCAAGAGCAGCCCAUGGACACUAGCGGGGUGGAACGCUUCUUUGCCAUGUGGCCUGAUGCACAGAAGGACCAAGGCCACACUCUACUGAUGGAUGAUAUGGACUUGGACAUGCUGGCUCCAUACAUCUCUAUGGACGAUGACUUCCAGCUUUGCGGCCUGAGUGUACCAGAGGAGACUGAGGCCCCAGGCCCUUCAGCACUGGGCUCCAGAAGUAGGAAAAGAGUCUUCAGUGUGGAUGCUGAAGAGUGCCCUGACAAGAGGCACAAGGGGCCCCUGUCCAUGGAGGAGAAGCAGCUGCAGAGCCAUGGUUUACUGGGCUGCCUGGAGGAGAAUAACCAAUCAGGGCGUGGUUGGAACCAAUUGCUUACAGACAAAGACCCAGUGCUCGGGGGAGUCCAGAGCGAGCACACAGCGCUGAUGGCAGAGCUCUUCCUCAGUAGCCCUCCUGACCUGUCCCCACCCCUGUCGCCCAUGACAUGAUCUCUGACGUCUGGUCAUGUGACUUGGCAGACACCGGAACGCACAAAAGUUUCCAUUUCCCAGGGCAUUCUGGGAGGCAGCUAACCUGCACAUACAGAGAACAGGAUGCCUUCGAGCCUGCAAGCCUGAGAGGGGUGGAGCUACACAGUGGCAUAAAGCAUUUUUAUAAGCAUGUUUUUAGUCACUUUUCUAUAUAUAUAUAUAUAUUUUUUUUUUUCAUCAAUGUUCAAUUUUAAUAUUAUAGACGGUGCUUUUGGACAUCAUUUUCCACAUACAUUAUUUAUGAUUAUUAUGAUGUUAAAUGUUUAGAGCUUGACCUGGGAGACAUAUGCCUCCUUCACUGCGGUGCUAAAUUGUGUAAACCAGACCUGUGUGCAUAUGUGUGUCUGUGGCUUUGAUACUCAAAGUAAAAAUAAGUAAAAUGAGUGGUCCAUCUCACAGAAAAUACUUAAAAUCAUUCACUGUAUUCAUGAAGCCUAAUAAAUCUUUUGGGCAGCUUUUUAAUGUGUGCUGUUAAAUUGGUGUGAAUAAAUAACAAAUGAAACUAUCUGAUAAAGGCAUUAGGAACGAAAACCAUAAAUACAAAAAAAAGUGAUUGUGAUUAAAAAAUGAAUCAUAUUUACAUACACACAACACGUAUAUGUAAAUGUGAUUCAUUUUAAUCAUAAUUUGAGGUUUUUAGUAACAUUUAACAGUUUUCUUUUGCUUUCUUUCCUAAUGCCUUUAUCAAACAGUAAUAUGUUACAUCCACACACACGUGUGUGCGUGUCUGUAUAUCAUGUAUACCAUGGUUUUCUUAUUUCUUUUCAUUAAUAUUCAUAUUAUAGACCCCUUGUUCUUGAAACCUUAUGGAUAAGUGUAAAUAAAUGACACAUUGUGUUGUGUGUGAUAUCUGCAGAAAAAGACAACUAUACAAUAGAAACUUUACAAAAUAUGUAUUUGCAAAAAGUAACAUUUGUCAAAUUUGUGAAAUAAAAAACAUGUUGCAGCCA